AUUUACAUUUAUUCGAUUCGAUUCGAACAAAACAAGUAUCGUCGUUGUAAAAAUGUUUGCCUUUAUUUCAUUGUUGACAAUCAUAGUUGUCAUUAUUAUUAUAUUCUAUGCUAUUCAAAAACGACGAAUGACCAUUCUGGAAAGGAAUGGUAUUAAUGGACCAAAACCACAUUGGAUAUUCGGAAAUAUAUUCCACUUUUUCAACGCCGAUAAUGUUACAAGAUCUCAACAGUAUAUUGAAAAAUAUGGUAAAACAUGUGGCUAUUAUGUUGGCCAUAAACCGAAUAUAUUGACCAUUGAUAUCGAACUGAUUAAACGUUUUCAGAUAAAAGAUUUUGAAAAAUUUUCUGAUCGACAAAAUUUUGGUAUCAAACAUGGAAUACAUCCUAAUCCUCGCUUCGCUCGUGAUCUAGUCGAUUCGAUCGGAUUUCGAUGGAAAGAAACACGCACAAUCCUCACUCCAACAUUCAGCGCAAUGAAAUUGAAAAUGGUCACACCGAUCAUGGAAUCAGCCAUCGAUAUUUUUAUUGAUAAAGUUGGUCAACAAGCGCAAAAAGGUACCGAAUUUAACAUUUUCGAAUAUUUUCAACUACUCACAGCGGAUGUCAUCUCAAAAACGGCGCUUGGUAUCGACACUAAUGUUCAAUACAAUCCGAAAAAUGAAUUCUUUUUGGCAGCCAAAUUAUUGUUCGACAGAAAACCGAGCAAAUUUCUAAUGAUGUUCAUGUGUUUUCCGGAACUAGAUCGAAUUCUAUAUCCAUUUCGUCGAUUAUUGGAAGUUAUAAACGAACGUUUUGGUUGGUCACCACCAUUCACCAUUGCUAAAUUAGUUGAAGCAGCUAUUCAAUUGCGAAAAAUCCGUCCAAUUAAAAUUAUCGAUUUGUUACAAUUAAUGUUAGAUGCUAAAGCCAGUGAAGAUGAAAUCAAGAAUGAAAAUGCUUCUAAAUUAUCAAUUGAAAUGUCAAACGAUGAUAAAAUUUUAACAAAUGGUAAUGAAACUUCGGGCGUUGAGAAUGGCCAUCAUAGAAUGAUGAAUGGAAAAAAACUUCGAAAUUCUAAAUCAUUGACCGAAGAUGAAGUCAUUUCUAAUGCUGUACUAUUCUAUGAAGCUGGCUAUGAAACGACAAGUACGGCCUUGGGAUUUAUCGCACAUUUUCUAGUCACUCGUCAAGAUAUACAGGACAAAGUUCGUGAAGAGGUGAAUGAGUUGUACGCCAAUGAAAAAAAAUUUGAUUACAAUACUGUGAACAAGUUAGCUUAUAUGCAAUGUGUCAUUAAUGAAUCGAUGCGUUACUACCCACCAGUCACGGCUUUCAUUACAAGAAAUACAAGAGAAGAUUAUCAUUACAAAGACAUGAUUAUCCCGAAAGAUUCAACCAUUCGAAUACCGACAUACCAACUACAUCAUUGCGAAGAGUAUUGGCCUAAUCCAGAAGUGUUUGAUCCAGAAAGAUUUCGUGAUAAAAAGAAUUAUGAUCCAAAUGCAUUUCAAGUGUUUGGCAAUGGCCCACGUAACUGUAUUGGAAUGCGUUUUGCAUUGUAUGAAAUCAAAUUAGCACUGGCCAAAUUGUUGCAUCGAUAUAUACUUGUACCAGGACCAAGUACAGAAAAUGAAUUAACACUUGAAAGGAAAAUUAUAACCGAAACGCCUAAAUAUGGAGUUUUUGUUAAAGCAUUGCCCAUUUUAGAAAAAAUGAUUGGUACAAUUAUAUUUGUUUUGAUUUUAUUGAUCACAUUUUAUGUGAUUCGUAAACAUCGAAUGUCCAUUCUGAAACGAAAUGGUAUCCAUGGUCCUGAACCAAAUCUUAUCGCUGGUAAUAUAUUUUCAUUGUUGAAAAAGUCCAACUUUGAAAGAUCACAAGAAUUGAUUGAAAAAUAUGGUAAAACUUCUGGAUAUUAUGUUGGCGCAAAACCGAAUGUGAUGACCAUCGAUUUGGAAUUGAUCAAACGAUUUCAGAUCAAAGAUUUUGAUAAAUUUUCUGAUCGACAAACAUUUGGCCUGAAACACGGUAUUCGUCCGAAUCCAAGAUUUUCUGAGAAUGUUAUCGGAUCACGUGGCGCUCGUUGGAAAGAACAUCGAACAAUAUUGAAUCCAACAUUCAGUGCAAUGAAAUUAAAAAUGGUUACGCCGAUUAUAGAAUCGGCAAUUGAUAUAUUCAUCAACAAAGUCGACAAACACUCAAAAAAUGGUAACGAAUUUAAUAUUUAUGAAGAUUUUCAACUUCUCACGGCUGAUGUUAUUUCGAAAACCGCCUUUGGAAUCGAUACUAAUGUUCAAUAUGAUCCCAAAAAUGAAUUUUUUCUUGCAGCAAAAAUGGUGUUUGACACUAAACCUUCUCGAUUUAUUUUGUUAUUCACCUGUUUUCCUGAAUUGGACAUUUUAAUGUACCCAUUUCGUCGAUUACUGGAAAUCAUACGUGAAGCUAGAGGUAAAUCUGCUUCUGCCAUUUUAUCCAAAUUGAUUGAAGCUGCUAUCCGGUUGCGUAAAGAUCGGCCAGUGAAAACACCCGAUCUAUUACAGCUUAUGCUUGAUGCUCAAGCUAGUGACGAUGAACUCAAACAAAAAGACAUGUCAAAUUUAACCAUAGAAAUGUCCAAUGAUGAAAUGAAUGCAGUCACCGAAAAGAAUGGAACUCUAAAUAUGGGCGAGAAAUUUAAGAAUUCCAAAUCACUUACACAAGAUGAGGUCAUAGCCAAUGCAAUCAUUUUUUAUGAAGCUGGAUAUGAAACGACAAGUACGACCUUGGGAUUUAUCGCACAUUUUCUUGUUACUCGUCAAGAUAUACAGGACAAAGUUCGACAAGAAGUGAAUGAAUUAUUUAAACGAGAAGGAAAAUUUGAUUAUAAUACUGUAAACAAGCUAGCUUAUAUGCAAUGUGUCAUAAAUGAAUCAAUGCGAUUCUAUCCACCAGUAACAAAUUUCAUUACAAGAAAUACAAAAGAAGAUUAUCAUUACAAAGACAUGAUUAUCCCGAAAGAUUCAACCAUUCGAAUACCGACAUACCAACUACAUCAUUGCGAAGAGUAUUGGCCUAAUCCAGAAGUGUUUGAUCCAGAAAGAUUUCGUGAUAAAAAGAACUAUGAUUCGGUUGCAUUUCAAGGAUUUGGCAAUGGUCCUCGAAAUUGUAUUGGGAUGCGUUUUGCUCUUUAUGAAAUCAAAUUAGCGCUAGCCAAACUAUUGUUUCGAUAUAAACUUGUACCGGGACCAAGUACAGAAAAUGAAUUGACAAUUGAGCAAAAAAUAAUAACUGAAACGCCUAAAUAUGGUGUCUUUGUCAAAGCCGUUCCUUUAUUGAAUUAAUAAAUAUAAUUUUUGAAAAAGCUUGAA